AUGGAUCGCGUCAAGGAGCGACUUGCAGCACUUAGGAAGGAAUGCGAUGACAACGCGGACCGAGCGGACAAGGCUGAGGCCAAGGUGAAGGAGCUCGAACAGCAACUGCUGCAACGCGAACAAGAGGUCAAGUCUCUUACCCACAGACUCGAGAAUGCCGAGCGAGAAGUAGAGGAGCUCGAUUCGAAAUACGCAACUGCGAAGAAGGCCGGAGAAGAUGGCGCCCAGUCUCAACAAAGUGAAGGGAUGUUGAGGAGCAAGAUUGAGCUGCUUGAAGGAGAACUUGACAAAUCAGAAGCAAGUGUCAAAGAGACUAUGGAGAAGCUCAGGCAAGUUGAUAUUAAAGCCGAGCACUUUGAACGCCAAGUGCACAAACUGGAGCAGGAGCGAGAUCAGUGGGAGGCCAAGUAUGAGGAUAUGAAAGAGCAAAAGAGCAAGGUCCAGAAGGAGCUGGAUGACCUUGCUUCAGGAAUAGACAACCUUUAA